AUGAUUCUAUUACUGUUUUUUUCUAUACAAAUUAUUUGGGCACGUUAUCCUUGUUUUGAUGGUAUUUAUGAUUUUUCCUCUUUGAUAAAACCAAAUGGAGAAACUUAUAAAUUUUAUAAAAAUGAUACAACGCUAUGGGUUAAUAUUUGUGAGCCUUUUGAUUUUAAUAAUACUCGUUUGUAUAACGUUGUUUUACAAGAAGGACAGAAUGAACCAAUUCCUUAUUCUUUGGUUUCAACUCAAAGUGUUUCAACAAUAAGAGAUCAAGUGACAUUUAAAUACAACCAACCUUUUAAAUGGAAUCAAUUUACAGUAAUAGAAGUUCAUUGUUCAAAAGAAGAAGAAACAAAAGUCGAAUCGUUCACAAUAGACAACUCUACUCUCUUUAUAAAAAUGACAUCACCAAUAGUGUGUAUAUCAAAAAAUGAGUCUCAUGUUGUUGCUGUGAUGUUUUUCUUUUUUAUCUCAUUAACAAUUAUUGGGGGAAUUUCUAUGAUUAUUUUAUAUCUUCCUAACAAAUAUGAAGUAACAAAACGUGAUUAA